GCAACAGGCGGGAAGCGCGUGCGCCUCCCUCAUCUCCCUCUGCUCGGCCUGGGAGCCGGUGAGUGAUCCGACCCACUAAAGACCAGAAAACUCCCUAAAGGACGAAACCUGUUGGAGCUUUCUGUGAGAUAAAGGGGGACAAAGAACCUGAACUUGCUGACUGUGGCCGGGGUACAUGAUAGUCUGUGGAGGAGAGAUGAGGCCUACAACGAAUAUCUGCCUGCCCUCCACCUGUUCUCUGAACUGGAAGAGGCUGAUGGUGUUGAUUAUAUUUCCUCCUCAUCGUCAGAGGAUGAGAGUGACGCUGAGGAGGAUGAAGUCAACGCCUCCUCUUUUCACACUGAUGAUGGAGAUUUUUGAGGCAGCCCACCCUCAAACCACAGCGAUGACCAAAGAUCGUAGAGUUAUGAGAGGAUGUGAUCUACCACACGGUGAUGUAGAGGCGCAAAUUAUGGUCUUUUUGUCACUUGAAAAAAAUACCGAAGACAUGACCUCGGUGACCUCAAUGGUAGUUACAGCCCUGAUUGUGGAGCGAGCAAAUGUACGUGAUCGCUCGCUCAACAAUUGACGUCAACAGACGGAGGCCGUUUGGUUCAAGCUGUUUGCAAAUAAUAUAUUUUAUGAAUAUGCUCAGUUUGGAAAUAAUGCCCUAUUUGAUGUUGCAUUUAAAUACAAAUGAAAUGCUGUUAAAAAAGUUGUUUUUAAUCAGAUUUUUUUAAAUUUGUUAUGAUGCAACUUGUCAUGUACCCCUUGCAGUUUUCCCACGUACCCCCAUUUGAGAAUCACUGGCCGAACUGAUUGACAGUUUUUUUGAACCACGAUGAGUAAACUCUGAUCCUGCUCCAAAGAGGUGGAUAAACUGAGUUUACUCAUUAUUACUGACUCUGGUCACUCUGGAUUAUAUUUGAUGUUAUAUACUUUGUAUUUAUUCCCGUAUUGGACCUUAUACCUCUGUCAUUUCACUUGUGUCUUCUGUAGGCUUAGUUUUCACAUUGUUGCAGUGAGACGGAGAAUAUGAUUUGUAUUGCAAUCAGCUGCUUCGCUGUCCAUCUUGUGCACAUGAGAAGACCCUAAAUAGUCUCUAAGCUUUGUACAUGUGAUAUUUUCAUGUGUAUGCACAGGGAUCGUGAGCAGCCUGGACCUUCUGCAGCCCAUACAGCAAGGAGGCCUUUACAGAGACACCAUGGGAGGAGGAGUCAGAGGGGGUCCAGUUCCCCACCGGCCCAGCCACAUGCCGGCUUUUAGAGGCCUAGAAAACAGGUUGAAGAACUUACAAACACUUGAUACAGAAGGACUCACUCUGAAGUGCAGACGAUGGAUGACUGUGUGGAGGAAGAGGAGCACAGAGCAAAGUCUCCCCUGUCCAGCUGUCUGUCUAUGAAGAGUGACCGGUCUAAAGAUUGGCUUCCAAACUUCAGUAAAGAACCAGGACCGUCAGAGUCACGACUAAUAUCAGGACCACAGGAAGCCGGUCAGACCAGCAGUGAAACCACAGAUCGUGGUCUGCAGAGGGUUUUAGAGGAACAUAAGACCAGUCUGAGGAGGAGAUGUGAGCGUGUGAGUGAAGGAAGUGAGGAAACAGGAGGUAGAACCCUCCUCAACAGGAUCUACACUGAGCUCUACAUCACAGAGGGACAGAGUGAAGAGGUGAACACACAACAUGAGGUGAGACAGCUGGAGACCGCCUCCAAGAAGAAGACCCUCCAGGACACUCCCAUCAAGUGCCAGGACAUCUUCAGAGCCUUACCUGGUCCACAGAAACCCAUCAGAGUGGUUCUGACAGUCGGCGUCGCUGGUGUUGGAAAAACCUUCUCAGUGCAGAAGUUCACUCUGGACUGGGCAGAGGGCUCGGAGAACCAGGACCUCAGUCUGGUGGUUCUGCUUUCAUUCAGGGAGCUGAACCUGAUCAGGGGACGGUACAGUCUCCUCCAGCUGCUCCAUGAGUUCCAUCCAACAUUACAGAAGGUCCCAGCAGAGACGCUGGCUGUCUGUAAACUGGUGUUCAUCUUUGACGGUCUGGACGAAAGCAGACUGUCUCUGGAUUUCAACAACACUCAGGUUGUGUCUGACGUCACACAGAGCUCAUCCAUAAACCUGCUGUUAACAAACCUCAUCCAGGGGAAUCUGCUCCCCUCAGCUCUGGUCUGGAUCACUUCUCGACCCGCAGCAGCCAAUCAGAUCCCUCCUUCACGCGUUGACAGGGUCACAGAAGUCCGAGGCUUCACUGACUCCCAGAAGGAGGACUACUUCAGGAAGAGGUUCAGUGAUGAAGAUCUGUCCAGCAGAAUCAUCUUACACAUCAAGACCUCCAGGAGCCUCCACAUCAUGUGUCAGAUCCCGGUCUUCUGCUGGAUCACUGCUACAGUUCUGGAGCACAUGAUGAGCACAGAGCAGAGAGGAGAGCUGCCCAAGACCCUGACUGACAUGUACUCACACUUCCUGCUGGUCCAGGCCAAGAGGAAGAGGAAGAAGUACGCUAAGGGUCCUGAGACCAGUCCUCAGGAGCUGAUGGAGGCUGACGGGGAAGUUCUCCUGAAGCUGGGCAGGCUGGCGUUUGAACAUCUGGAGGAAGGAAACAUCAUGUUCUACCAAGAAGACCUGGAGCGAUGUGGUCUGGAUGUCACAGAGGCCUCGGUGUACUCAGGACUCUGUACAGAGAUCUUCAAAAGAGAGUGUGUGAUCCUCCAGAAAACAGUCUACUGCUUUGUUCAUCUGAGCGUUCAAGAGUUCCUGGCUGCAGUUCAUAUAUUCCACCAUUACACCACGAUGAACAGAGAUGUGGUGGAGGCUUUUAUUUGCAAACCAUCCCUGGAUGACUUCCUGAAGAGGGUCAUGAAGAAAUCCCUCCUCAGUGAAAAUGGUCACCUGGACCUGUUUGUCCGCUUCCUUCAUGGACUCUCCCUGAAGUCCAACCAGAGACUCUUAGGAGGUCUGCUGGGUCACACAGACAACAGUCCAAAAAUGAUCCAAAGAGUCAUCAACAAUCUGAAGAAGAUGAACAGUGAUGAGAUCUCUCCUGACAGAAGCAUCAACAUCUUCCACUGUCUGACGGAGAUGAACGACCUCUCAGUCCAUCAGGAGAUCCAAGAGUUCCUGAAGUCAGAGAACAGAUCAGAGGAACUCUCUGAGAUCCAGUGCUCUGCUCUGGCCUACAUGCUGCAGAUGUCAGAGGAGGUUCUGGAUGAGUUGGACCUGAAGGAGUACAAAACAUCAGAGCGGGGACGACUGAGACUGAUUCCAGCUGUGAGGAACUGCAGGAGGGCUCAAUUUAAAGACUGUGGACUCUCAAACACUCACUGUGAAGCUGUGGCCUCAGCUCUGAAGUCCAACCCCUCCCAUCUGAGAGUGCUGGACCUGGACUACAACAAGCUGCAGGACUCAGGAGUGGAGCGUCUGUCUGCUGGUCUGAAGAGUCCAAACUGUAAACUGAAGACUCUGAGGUUGGAGAGCUGCAGUUUGACAGAGAUCAGCUGUGCUUCUCUGGCCUCAGCUCUGAAGUCCAACCCCUCCCAUCUGAGAGAUCUGAACCUGAGUUACAACAAGCUGCAGGAUUCAGGAGUGGAGCUGCUGUGUGAUUUUCUGCAGAGUCCAAACUGCAGACUGGAGACUCUGGAGUUGAGGAGCUGCAGUUUGACAGAGAUCAGCUGUGCUUCUCUGGCCUCAGCUCUGAAGUCCAACCCCUCCUAUCUGAGAGUGCUGUGGCUGAAUAACAACGAGCUGCAGGAUUCAGGAGUGGAGCAGCUUUGUGAUUUUCUGCAGAGUCCAAACUGCAGACUGGAGAUUCUGGGGUUGAUAGGCUGCAAAUUGACAAAGCUCAGCUGUGCUUCUCUGGCCUCAGCUCUGAAGUCCAACCCCUUCCAUCUGAGAGUGCUGUACCUGAGUGACAACUACCUGCAGGAUUCAGGAGUGGAGCAGCUGUGUGAUUUUCUGCAGAGUCCAAACUGCAGACUGGAGUCUCUGUGGUUGAGGAGCUGCAGUUUGACAGAGAUCAGCUGUGCUUCUCUGGCCUCAGCUCUGAAGUCCAACCCCUCCCAUCUGAGAAAGCUGUACCUGAGUGACAACAAGCUGCAGGAUUCAGGAGUGGAGCAGCUGUGUGAUUCUCUGCAGAGUCCAAACUGCAGACUGCAGAUUCUGAACUUGAUGAGCUGCAGUUUGUCAAAGAUCAGCUGUGCUUCUCUGGCCUCAGCUCUGAAGUCCAACCCCUCCCAUCUGAGAGAGCUGAACCUGAGUUACAACAAGCUGCAGGAUUCAGACGUGGAGCUGCUGUGUGAUCUUAAGGAGAGUCCAAACUACAGACUGGACUAUCUGAGAUGGAGGUAUGAUCAGUCAGAGUGAUCAGAGAGAGGACGGUCUUCCUCCUGCUGGUCUGAGAGGUGGAAGCAGCAGCAGCUUGGAUGUGGUGAGUCUCUGACUGAGUCCUGUUCCUGACAGACUGACGGACCAAUCACAACAGGUGGAGGUGACUCUCAGUGCUGCGGUCUGAACUGCUCUGAGACCAGCUCCACUCUCAGACUCAGGACCUGGACCUCAGAGAUCUUCUUCCACUGACUCUGAACUGAAAUGACCUCCACAGGUUUGUUUUGUGGAGAACAACCAGAAAAAUGAACACACUGAUUGAAACAUGUAAUCCUUUUAAAGUUGAUCCCAGCUUUCUGAGUCACUCUGCAGUUUUUCUGAUCACAUGGUUUCAGACUGAUGGAGAGACCAACCUGCAGCACUGCUUUCUGCCAGCAGGUGUCACUGUUUCCAGUGUUUUACAGACUGCUGGGUCUGAAUGGAUUCAUUAUCUGUUUGCAGAAAACACAAACAAUAAAUGUUAAAUCUCUCUGUG